AUGGAUGGCCUCGGAAUUGCAGCCAACGUUAUUGCCGUUGUUGAACUAUCUGUCAAGGUCGCUUCGAUAUGCCUUCAGUAUUCAAAAGGCGUCAAAAAUGCGAGUGACGAUAUCGUGCGGGUCACCCAGGAGCUCAACAACCUUAAGGUCACCGCAGAGGGGGCUUCACGCCUUCUCGAAGGUCCCUAUGGCGCCAAACUCGAAACAUCGCACCAACUUCUUGGUGCCGUUAAGGCAGCUGAAUCGCGACUUGAACGACUUGAGGCCGACCUUCAACCUCGCAGCACUCGCAAGGCCAUGAGCCGGCUAGGACUGCGAGCUUUGAAAUGGCCCUUCCAGAGCAAGGACGUCGAAAAGAUUGUACAAGAAAUAGCGCGGUGCACACAAACCAUCUCAAUAGGUCUACAGGUUGACCAGACGUAUGUCGCCGAGAUUCCUCCCACUCUACCUUCUCAAGCUAAUUGA